GAGAAGCAUCGCGCGCGCUCACCCUGUCUUGCACGGGUUUGGAGGCGGGGCUCAUCUGCGCUCGCUCGCGCGCUGCACAACACGCAAGACGCGACGAGUUGUUGUCGGCGGUUCAUCUGCGAUUUGUGCGUGAUUGUUACUGACCCACUUCUCGGAGACAGGCCUGCAGAUCUGCGCAAACAUUUUGGUGGAAACGGAGAACGCGCGGACCGACACAAUAGGCAGGAUGAGCAAAUUGCAAGGGGGCAUGAAAUGCGUCAAAUACUUACUCUUCGUCUUCAACUUCAUAUUUUGGCUGUCCGGCGCGCUGGUGUUGGCCGUGGGUUUAUGGCUGAGGUUUGAUAGUAAUACCACCUCCCUCCUUGAUGGCGAUGCACCUGGACACUUCUUCAUUGCGGUGUACAUCCUGAUUGGAGCUGGAGGGGUCAUGAUGUUGGUGGGCUUCUUUGGAUGUUCCGGGGCUGUGAAAGAGUCACAGUGUCUUCUUGGAUCGUUCUUCGCUUGUCUUCUGUUGAUCUUUGGUGCAGAAGUUGCUGCCGGAGUUUUUGGUUUUCUGAACAAGGAUAAGGUCAUAGUGGAUGUUCAAAACUAUUACGAGGUUAUUAUGGAAAAUGAAAACGCAACUGUUCUCACCAGCAUGUAUCACAUUGUGCUCGAUUGCUGUGGGACCGUGGAAACUCGUCCUACUGCCUUGUGUACCGCUGACAGCUCUGAUAGGGAUUGUUUGAAAGCUAUAGAAGACUUCUUCAUUGACAAGCUCUUCAUCAUUGGAUAUGUCGGCAUUGGCAUUGCUGGAGUGAUGAUCAUUGGCAUGAUCUUCAGCAUGGUUCUAUGUUGUGCCAUCCGGAAUAGCAGAGAAGUCAUUUAGGAACCUCACGGUUCCCCUCUCGCCCACUUGGACUGUCUCUCAAAGCCCACCUUCUUGACCUCAUCAGACCAUCACAUUCAGUCAGGGGUACAGGGUGCGACUCCCAUAAUGCAGUGUGGCUCUUGUGAUACAUUUUUGUGAACGGCAUUCUGUCUUUGUUUUUCUCUUUCAUUUUAAGCUUCGUUUAAGAUCGCAUGGACCAUUACUGCUACUGUAACAAUAUUAACUUACAUUUUUUCUGGUGAUAUGGGCACACUUCUAUCUAGUUUACAUUCAAUUUUUUCCAGCUUUUGUGUGACUCUCUCCUCACAGGUCCGGAUCAAAUAUUCUUACUGAUGUAAAUAAGCUCUCAGUUCAUCUGCAUUUAAUGUAAUUUUUUAAUGAUUUCUUGUAUUUAUUGGGUGAACAUGAACAGGUUGUCUAUGCUAAUUUGGGGAUUUUAGAACAUGGGUAUUGACACUUUUUUCGCACGUUAUCGUUGGUUUGUGAUUUUGUCAGAAGACUCAGAUAUUCUAAAUCGCAGCUUCGCCUGAAUACUGGAUGACGCCGAGGAAUGGGUUCAGUAUUUUAAAACAUUUGAGUGAAACUAUCGACUAAUAGUCUGCCCAUGAAGUCAACAUGAAACGUUUAAUACAUAUUCCUAUUCAAACUGUUUGGUUAUGAUAAUGUCUCAUGUUCACUUUGUGUAGCUUGUUUAACUUAUUGAGUACUUUUUUUAGUAAUGUAAUAAUUUUAACGAACUAGUUGCUGGUUUGUUAAAAUUUCUUGCUACAAAACUAAGACCCUGUUCCACUUAAACACCUCUGAUAAUAAUAUUCUGUAA